CCCACAAUCCUGUUCUUUAGAAAGGGCUCUUGGAACAAGCCGGGGACUUCUUGAGACAUGGUUCACAUGGUUUAGGUAAGCUGUUCAGUAACUGUUUAGGUUCUGCUGGCAGUGCUGUCUGCAGCCGCUUGCCCUUACAGCAAGGUCUUACAAAACCAGAAGCUGUUGUUGCACACUGACAGUACUUUAUAUAACAAUGAGCCGCUAUAGGAGAUCUGUUCCGAAGCUGCACAGACAUUGUGAGACCUGUUUUAAUCGGCGCUGCAAAGCCUCAAUAGAAGUGUCUGUGUCAUGCAUGGUCAUCAACUGCCGCUUGCUUUGUGGAGCAUCCUUCCACAUGUGUAAAGAGGAUGAGCACUCUCUGCUGUGUCCCAAUGAGAAGGUGCCUUGUCUUAAUUCUCACUAUGGCUGCCCCUUCACCAUGUGUCGCUCUCGGCUGGCCAAACACCUUGAGGUGUGUCCUGCAAGCGUCGUCUGCUGCUCGAUGGAGUGGAACCGUUGGCCUCUUGAGAACCCAGAUGCCCCCUUGUAUACAAAUCUACUGAAAGAGCUCCAUGAGCAAGAAUCACUGGACCUUUCCAUGGCACUGAGGGACCAGAAACAUGUAUGUGCCCGGUUGAAAAUGAGGAAAUGCUUUCCUGAGUUAAUGGAGGAAGAAGAAGAGCCUCCCGCAGUGGAGGAGUAUGAUGAUGAGGAGGAAACAGUAGGGAAAGAGACUGUGUGUAACGGGAUGAACGUUAAUGGACAUGGAGAUUCAAGAGGAGGCUUGGUGAAUGGACCAUCUAAAGCUUGUGAGAAAGCUCUGAAAGAGGAUGUCGUCCUCAACGGUCCUGUUGACAAGGACAAGUACAAUCUUUUCGAAAAGAUGUUUAGCAUGGAAAUUGGUGGCUGCAAGCAGGCAGAGGCCGCGUCUUCGAAUACAGAAGAAAAGAAUAGAAAAAAAACGUCUUCUAAAGAUUCUUCAAAGCCACAAGGAGCAUCUGUAGAGCCAGAGAAAAAGGAAGUAAACGUGGAUUUCACCAAAACUGGACUGGCACCUUGGCAGGAUGGUGUCCUGGAGAGACUUGGGCAGGAAGUGAAACCAAGAGAGUUCAACAUGUACAUAGUGCAUCAUGGGCGUAUGUUGAUUUCCUUUGGUCAGAUGGAUGCUUGCACGCCCAGAGAGAGAGAUUUCGUUUAUGGGAACUUGGAGCCAAUACCAGUCCAGACUCUACGUUCCUUCAAGGUUCCCAGUAGUUACAGACAAAAACGCAUUCAACUUAGAGAAUUCAAUACGAGAGUAAUGACCGAGCACAAGUGCGUUGGCACAUCUGACCUGGAUAUGUCUGAGAAAGAUGGUGGGGAGAUGGAUGAGAUGUUUUCAACCCUACUUUGUUAUGCAGAGGCUGAGAUAAGGGGCCACAAAAUAAGCGAGAUGGUGGCAACAGAUGGACUUUAUGUCGAUAUUGCAACACAAACUUAUAAUUUUACCACAGCUCCUUUUAAAUCCAAUGCAACCCUUAAUGAAAUUACAACAGGCAGAGAUUUGAAACUUCACGUUGACCUCGAUACAGAAGCAGUUACACUCAGACACAACAAAUCAACCUCAGCUUUCACGUUCCUGUGUGGCCAUUUCUUCAGGCGGGAUGAAUAUGCCUCGCACUUUAAGAACGUGCAUUUGGAUAUCCAGUCCUCUUUGAGUGGCUGGUUCGAGCAGAGAUGUCCUCUGGCCUACCUCGGUUGCACCUUCAGUCAGAGAAGAUUACAGCCCUCCACACACAGGGCCAAAGUCUCCUAUAUGCAAGACCUCAGUAUUUUUACCCUCACACCCGAGGUUUCUGCCUCCCUUAUGAGCGAUUCGCAGACCAAUGCACAUAUAAAAUACGAAGAUUCUCUCAGUAACCUUCCCUUCGAGGUGCUUUGCCAGAUUGCUAGUUACCUGGAUAGUUUCACCCUGUCCCAGCUGGCCUUAGUCUCCCGAUUGUUCAGGGAUAUAUGUGCCACACUUCUGCAGGAGAGAGGAAUGGUAGGCUUUAAGUGGCAUAAAAAGUCAUACUCUCAUGGAGGAAUCCACUGGAAACCCACUAAAGUCUGGGAGUUUAGUACUCUUUUUAGCAAAGUUGGUAACUGGUGCAUCGGCGACACACCAUCAAUGGCUGAGCACCUGAAACGCUGUCCAUUCUACCAAACUGAACUGAAAACUGAGCCUUUUGCCCUGGCCAGUAUAUUUGACAACAAAGGAAAGGAGAGACACAGUUUGGUUUCUUUGUUUAUGAGACGCAAAUAACACUGUAACUGUAACUUUUAUUUUGAAUUUUUGGCAGUUAAAGUGAGUCAAAUAUCCACUAGUGUAAAUGAUUCUAUUUAUAUUAUGAUAAUAUUUACUACUGUUAAAUUUAUAUUUUACUGGUGUAAAAUAUAUAUAAAAAUGUGUUUGAAAAGAGUGUUUGUUCCAUUUUUUCUUUAUUGACAAUAGUCGUUUCCACUUUAUCACAAAAUUUCUCUAGAAUGCAAUAUCUUGGAGAUGUUUAGAUAUUAAAGGUACUUUUUGUGUGUUUGAAUUCUAACUUCAUUUAGCCAUGUAUUCUCUUUCUGUAAAACGAAAACAAUAAAACUAAAGCAGAAUGUGUUUCUUCACUU